AUGACACAAACAAUGACUGCACAAGUAAAAGGCUCAGACAAAGUUAAAGCCAAUUUACUCAAGCGCAAAGAUUCAACCACCGAUGCCAAUGAUCAACAUAAAAAACAAAAGCCUUCAUUUCAUACAGAUACUGAAUUCUGGAAUAAAAUACCCAUCUUAAAUCAAGACAGUAGAACUUCUGGCAUUAUUCCUCGUUUAGAACCCAAUUUUAAAAAAAGAGACACUCUCUCUGCUUACCUUUGUAGUCCUGCUACAGACCAUUUGUCUACUGGAUUUAUGGAUUUGGGUUGGGGAUGUGGAUAUCGCAAUUGCCAAAUGUUGAUGAGCUAUUUAGAACAACAGCAACAAGAUGGAGAACCUAUUUUAAGACAUGUACUUGAUAUUCAUGGUAUUCAACUCUUAAUUGAACAAGCCUGGAAAGAAGGGUUUGACACUCUUGGUGCUGCUCAAUUGGAUCAUCGUGUAUUCAAGACCCGCAAGUGGAUUGGUACAACUGAAGUGUAUACACUAUUUGCUUAUUUAGGCAUUCGAUCUACUAUCAUUGAUUUCCAUCAACCAGGUCCUAAUCAUUUACAUCAUCAACUAAUGGACUGGAUUCAAUCGUAUUUCAGCACAAAUAUUAAACAGACAAACAAGACAGUCUAUAUCACAGAUCACCCUCCACUUUAUUUACAACAUCAAGGACACAGUAGAACAGUAGUUGGUAUUGAACUAUUAAAGUCUGGUAAACGUAAUUUGAUCAUGUUUGAUCCUGGCAGAAGAAUGCUUCGUUCAUAUCGACACAGUAAGCAAGAAAGCGAAACUGAAGAAGAAGAAGAAGAAGAGAUUGAUAUCCUAAGUCAUGAAGAUACUACACCUCAUAUAGGAAAACGAUUUCUAAGUCGAUUCAAGAAUAACCGAUUACCUUCCAAUUUACUCAAACCAUUUCGUGUGGAUGACAAAUCAAUUGGUAAACACAAACAAUACCAAAUCUUAGUGUUGGGUCAAGUCAAUUAUCAAGAUGGUAAAAUGGCUUGGGAUCCAACAAGAGGCUUUCUUUUAAGUGAGCAAGAAAGAGAGUCUAUGAAAAAUGUCACUAGUUUAACUGUCAUGUAA